CCCCCCCCCCCCCGCGUCCCGCCGCCCCCAAGAUGGCGGCGUGGCUGCUGCUGGCGCUGGCGCCGCUGGCCGCAGGAGCGACGCUGGGCUUCGCCUCCUACUACGGCGACCACAUGGUUCUGCAGCGGGCGCCAGCGGGGGCUGCGGUGUGGGGCUAUGGGGAGCCAGGGGCAGCCCUGACCCUCACCCUGGCCCAGGACAGCGGCCUCAGCAUCAUGAAGAAGACAACACGAGUGAAAGGACCUUCUGGAAGGUGGAUGACUGUCCUGGACCCCAUGGCUCAGGGGGGCCCCUACGUGCUGACGGCCACGCAGGGCCCAGAGAACGUGACGCUGCGGGACAUCUACUUUGGGGACGUGUGGCUUUGCAGCGGGCAGAGCAACAUGGCAAUGACAGUGCUGCAGGUGGCCAACGCCAGCCAGGAGCUCGCUGCGGCUGCUCGUUACCCCCACGUGCGCCUCUUCGCCGCUGCACCCGCACGCUCGGACCUGGAGCUGGAGGAUCUGCAGCGAGUCCUCCUGCCCUGGUCUGUCCCCACAGCUGACAACCUGGGCCAGGGGAAUUUCACCUACUUCUCAGCUGUGUGCUGGCUGCUGGGCCGGUACCUGGCCGAGGCCCUGCGCUCGCCCCUGGGGCUGGUGGAGGCAGCAUGGGGGGGCACCCCCAUCGAGGCCUGGUCCUCCCCACGAGCCCUGAGGGCCUGUGGGCUCCAUGGAGAGAGCAGCAGCCCAGCUUUGCCGUCCCCACCACGGCGUGUCCACGGCCCUCAGGCGCCGUCCGUGCUCUGGAACGCCAUGAUCCACCCGCUGCUCAACAUGACGCUGCGGGGAGUCGCUUGGUACCAGGGUGAGGCCAACGCCGUGCUGCACACGGAGCGCUACAGCUGCGCCUUCCCCGCUCUCAUCGCCGACUGGCGCCGCGCCUUCCACGCCGCCUCGGCCGGCACCACCCAGCCCCUGCUGCCCUUCGGCUUCGUGCAGCUGUCCAGUUACCGCGGGCAGCCCCCGGCCGGCAGCUUCGCCCGGCUCCGCUGGCACCAGACGGCUGACGUGGGGGUCGUGCCCAACGCCAGGAUGCCCCACACCUUCAUGGCUGUGGCCAUGGAUCUGGGGGACCAGCGUUCUCCCUACGGCAGCAUCCACCCCCGGGACAAGCAGCACGUGGCCCAGCGGCUGCAGCUGGGCGCCAGGGCCGUGGCCUACGGGGAGAAAGAGCUGGUGUUCCAGGGGCCUUUUCCCACCCACGCUGUCCUGGAGGUGAGCAGAGCUCUGCUGAACGUCACCUACGACCAGGAGCUCGUCUGGCGCCGGCGGGACGUGCAGGGGUUUGAGGUGUGCUGCUGCAGCGCCCCAGCGCCGUGCCGCUGGCUGCCCGUGCCCGUGCUGGCCGUGGCAUCCCGCACCGUCACACUGGCUCUGCCAGGCCCUGGCACGCUGGUGCUGGCUCUGCGCUACGCCUGGGCCGACUGGCCCUGCGACUACCAGUCCUGUGCCCUCUACAACAGCCAGGGGCUACCAGCACCCCCCUUCCUGCUGGCCACCAAGCCCUCAGGGGCCGCUCCGGGCCGCUCCGACGGAGCUGGAGGGAGGGAGCUGCUCCUGCUGCCCGGCUCCGCGUUCCUGUGAGGGGUCGGGGGGGGGGGGGGAUGUGCUGGGGGCUCAGAGCUGUUGCCG